GCCUGCGACCGUUCUGUAAUUUGCGAUCCGAGUGCCGUUGUCCGUUUCAUCAAACACGUUGCUCACGGAGGAAUGGAAGGGUUACACUUCUUGACAAGAGCGAAUCCCGUGCGUCCUCGAUCCUCGCGAACGCCUUCGACGCGAAAUUAACGUGAAGCGUUUUCUCUUCUCUCUCUUUUUUGAGCGAUACGAUUUUUCAAAGUGACCAUAUUCAUGCGAACAAAUCGCUGACGAAUCGUGACGAGAUGAGAUCUCUCGGAUAUCGUUGAGGUCGAACACACUGAUGCGAUCAAUCUGCAUGUCGAUGAUUUGCGAGGGCAACGUUGAGAAUGACAAGCGAACAAGCUCGAGAAUGAAUAAGAUCGACGGAUCCGUCAAACGCGGGAGAUACGUCGUCACGACCGCCAUGGAGAAUGCAACCUCAGACCGCCAUCUUUUGCCACGAUGUGCCAAAUGGGCCAGCAGGCCUUUGAUUCGCUAAUAAAGGGGCCUGAUGUAUACGCAGCUCUCCAUGCCCGUGAUCGAUACGCGCGACAAUCCGUGCACGACGUUCGUUCUCGUUCACGGCUCACAAGCGCGGAAAACUGCUCCGCUUUAGCCGGGAAGCGUCGAACUUAUGCGUCGGCACACACAUCCAACAAAGUAGUGACCUCGCGCAGUGUGGGCAUCGAUCCAGAAUGAGAGACGCGCGCGCGCAUGCUUGUGUGUGUGUAUGGUAGGCGUCGAAGGACGAUUGGAAAACAUUUAAUUGACAAGUUAAAGGAGCUGUGUCGUGAGAUUUUAUUGUACAAUUUCAUCAUAAUGGAAGCUGUACAAAAUAAAACAGUGCAUAAUACAAAAUCUAAUUCUGCAGUCUCAUGCAUUAAUGAGACUAACACCGAUGGGUUGUCGAAGGAGAAAGAUGAACUAUUAUUUGGUGCAGAAGAGGAUGGUGAGGAUGAAGAUGCACUGUCCGAUGACAGUUUGCGAUUAAGGCUAUCUGACGACGAGGAUGCUGAACAAGAAGUUGUUACGAAAAACCAUACGAAUAUUUCGGAAUUUAAGUCGCCAAAUAAAGACCCCGAAAUAUCCCCUAAAGAUAUAAUUACAGAAGAAAAUUCAAGCUCUGAUCCACAACAGGUUGUGGAAGAAGCAGUCACAUCUGGUGGCGAAAAACCAACACCGAAGGAACCUAAUUCAGCAAUAAAUGAUCCGGAAAAUUCAGCAUUACCCUCAGAUGAAUGUACAUCAGAAAACAAAUUGACACAAAAUAAUGUACAUAAUUUGGAAAAUAGCACAGUUGUAAUUGCUAAUGGUGAGACUAAUGAAAAAUACACGUUGAAUAUAAAUGACAAAAAAAUUUCUCAAGAUACCAAUAAUAUGAAAAACGAAAUGCAGUUAAAUCACAUUGACGAUGAAAAUAUCGUUAAAAGUGAAGUGUCAGAUAACAAUUCUCAAAGAGAAAAUAGUGUAAUAAAAUGUAUUUUUAAUUCUGAUAAAAAUAAAGAUUUAAAUAUCAUUGAAGUGGAUAAUGCGUGUAAAAAAGAAAUAUCUGAAGAAAAUAUACAAGAGAAUGAUAAUUUAUCUAUCGACAAUCCUACAGAGACAGAUAGUCGAAAUGUAGAACUAAUGAAUGACAAUGAAGUGAAACUAAAAGAAGCAGUCAACGAAUGUGACAAAAUAGAUUCUGCUACUUGCAACUCUAAUAAUUUGAAUACUUCAGAUAAUAAAGAUAAUAAAGAUGAUAAAAAUAAUAAAGAUAAUAAAGAUGAUAAAGAUGAUAAAGAUAAUAAAGAUCACCUUGUAAAUUCUGUCAAACUUAAGAUUGGUAGUGACGAAGAAUUAUCUAAAACUACGACUAUUUCUGAUAAGUGUGAUGAUAAUUUAACAAUAUUAAGUGACAAUGUCGUAGAAAAAGUUAUUGUUUUGAAACAUCAAUUCACUGAAAUUGAUAAUGAUCACGAUUCUAUAGAUACAAUUAAAUCCUAUAGUUCUGAUGACAAUUCUGCAUCUUUUAAAUAUUCUAAGAAACGUAAAAGUAAGAUGGACAGCUUAGAACAUGAUGAUAUAACUCAAGAUAUAAAUAUACGAAAAAUGCAAUCCGUACAACGAGAAAUGAAUUCUGAAUUAACAGAAAAUAAGAAUAAUUCAUCUGAUAUAAUAGAUCUAAAUGAGAUAGAAAUAACAAAUAAAGACCAUGACGUUAAUAAACCUAUAAGCAAAAUAACAGAUAAUGCCACAUCGACAAACCUGCCUGCAUUAGUAUCAAUUAUUGUGAAAGAUGAUGACAGUGAAACUGAUGACACUGAUACAAUCGUUGAGAGAAGGAAACGAUUGAAAAACAAAAGAUUAGACAUCAGUGCAGCACAAGUCUGUAUUAUUGAAGAAGAUAAACAAGAGGUAACGAACGUUGGACGGCAAAGACGGAGAACUGCGAAGAACGCGGAAGAGAUUAUUAGAAAAAAAUAUCUUAUUAGCGACAGUGACAUUAGCGAUAGUGAUAGUGAUAGCGAAGAACUAAGUGUAAAUUAUAAAUUAAAUCAGCACUUAUAUUCUACAUCGUCCACUUCAUUGAAACGUAAUUGUCCAGUUAGCGAUGAGGAUGUUGUUGUUAAUGGUACUGUUAAGAAAGUGAAAAUGGGAAACAAGUCUGAACAAACUAAUGUCAAAAACGACUUCACAAAACUCAGUUUUGUUGAGAAAUUUUGCCAAAGGAGCAUCAAAGAGAAAAUACCGAAGCUCACGCAGGAGCAACUGGAAGAACUGCUUAUUCAAAAAAUCGUCGAAACAAUAACGAUGCGCAGCGAAAUUGGUCUACUUCGAGAACAAGCUCGCAUAUCAGAGAGAAGUCAGGAAGCAACGCGAACGAAGUUGCAGCAACUGAUGAAACAAGUCAAGGAUUUCGAAAUGGUUCUGAAUCGCAAUGCGGUAGAUCGUCGCACAAAUCCUGACAAAAUAGUCACACCUAUCAAAAUCAAUAGAUCUGUGGGUCUACAAGUCAACUUUGUAACGGAACACGGAAUACAGAAUUUGCGACAAAUACAACAAACGCAGCAAAAGACGCCGAACGCUCCAAGCAGUGUCAGCAACCCGGUUCCUGAGCCAACUAGCAAAACAAAUUCAAGUCCAAGACGUGGAAUCAAGAUAAGAUCGCCUCGACGACCUGAAACAUCCGUAGCGUCUUCCAUUCCUGCGGUCUCGCAGAGCUCGAUGCAAACUUCGCCUCUUAUUUCCACUGUGACACCUGCGGCAUUAGUUGUCGCGAAACCCUUAGACUCACAACAAACGUUAACGCUACCUAAUCAGUCUUCUAGCACAAUCCAACAGCUUCUAACAGGAAAUAUCUCGCAGCAGCAGACUUACGUUCUAAAUGGUAAAGUUCAGAAUCAAACAAAUCGUCCAAAUACGCUGAUUGCUUCUAAGCCAAAAAAUAACGACCUUAUCGAUCUUACGGAUGAAGAAGAAAAAAAUAAAUCUACGAAGAUUACUGCCACACCAGUACCAGCUUUAGUCGAGCAGCAGCUGCCGACGACUAUUACAACGAAACCAGUACAAUGCUUCCCAAGAGUAAUACAAACGAUACCAACAAACGUAUCGAUUACGUCGCAACCGACGAAUAUAAGAGUAGUACAGCCCAAUCAGCCAACACCGACUGCUGUUGUGAAUAAUGGAGCACCUUCCAGAGUAACAUAUGUAAUGCAAGGUAGUGUAGGUGCAACGAGACAAUUACUAAUAACUUCAAACGCUAGUCAGAUACGACCAAUAACUACCUGUAGAGUAACUACGCCAUUCCCAGCUGUGACAUAUAAAACAGGAACUUCAACGAUUGCUAAUGGUACUGUGCGUGUACUAACUACGCCAGCUGUAUCAAAUAUACCGAUAAAUAUAGCGUGCAAGCAUCCUGCACCACUACCAGAUACUCCAAGUUAUGCGAUAAAUACGAAUUGGAAACUUCCACCACCUGCUCCAUCAUUAAAAAUGUCUAAAGUCCCGAAUGGUAUAGUGUUGUCCUGGAACAUGCAACUAACCGAUAAGUAUGCUGAUAUUGCCAGUUACCAAUUAUAUGCAUAUCAGGAAGUCGCAGGUGUAACACCGAGUACAUCAUUAUGGAAGAAAGUGGGAGAUGUUAGAGCAUUACCAUUACCUAUGGCAUGUACUUUGACUCAGUUUUCUGAGGGUAAUAAUUAUUAUUUCGCGGUCAGAGCAGUGGAUACACAUUCCAGGAAAGGACAAUACAGUAUACCUGGUAACAUCUCUUUGUAAAAAAACCAGGCAAAUGAAAACGUUCAAUUUCAAAAUGUCAUUUAAAGCACAUUUUUUUAAGUUUCAUCUUCCUUUCAUAUUUCUCUCUGCGUAAUUCGAUGUGUGAUAAAUUGUGAUAAACAUGAACAGCAACCAGCUGGAUAACAAAUAUAACACUGCACUUAACUCUUCUUAGAUAUUUUGAGUAAUGUUUAUUUUAAUCUCUAACCAAUACAAUGAACGCGAUUGUUCGUAAUCAUUGUCCAGAGGGAUGAUAAAUGAAACAAUAUAGGAGAAGCUUCUGCUAUGUCAUAUUUUUAUAUUUAUAAUCUCGUAAAAAUGUUUUACAAAUAUAACAUAACUCCAUCUGCACAGUGUUAAACUUAAUAGGAAUACAAUUAAUUAGAAAGAAAUUUAAUGCUCGAUUUACAGAGCAAUAGCGAAUUUGACGCGAGCGAUCACCAUUACAAUACAAAUUGAGCGGUUGCUAUUCGCGCGAAUGUCAUUCCCGUAAAUACUUCCAACUACAUAAUUAGUUGCGCACAUUUCACUGCUGUACGUUCUGAAGUGCUUUCUUUGAAGUGAGUGAUAUAUGUUACAGUACAUUUACAUACAAUUGUAAUUUCUCAGUUGUACGUUAAGUAACAUUGGUGGAAUUGUUUUAACAUUCAAAAACCAUCUUUGUUUUACAUUGUUCACGGUAUAUUUAGCAAAUGCCCGUAGCGCAUAAAACAAAGAAUUCUAGUCAAAAGCGAUAAUUUCGAUACAAGCUUAAGAACUUCAUCUGAUAGAAAAUAUUACAUUAAAGGCUUACUAAGAAAGUGCGUGACGAUAUAAAAAUGAAUAUCCUGCGUAAAGUAUCCACAUUUGUUUUACUCUCUCAUGUGGAAAAUAGGCACUAUAUGUAAUUAUUUAAUUAUUUAAUUUGCGCUUAAAUUCGUAACUGUAUUCAUUGCUGGUAUUCUCUAGCAAUUGAUUUUACAAGUAAUCUGUUAUUCUCUGGAUAAUUUGCUCAAUUUUUAUACAAUUUUGAAUUCAAGAAUGUAUUUAUAACUACUGAUAUAUAUUGUAGGAUGGCAAACGUAAACGAGAUGUAUUGUCUGACAAGCUCGUAUGUAAAUAUUAAUGUGUAUAAUGUGCCGCAAAUUGUUAAUUGUAUUACAUAUAGAUUAUAACUAUAAUCAGAAUAUCGAUUACUACUUAUAAUGAGUAUUAUUUGUGGUGUGGUGAGAUACAGAAAAAAAGAGAGUACGUAUGAAUUUUUAAAAAGAAAUGUAAUGCGAAAUUUUUUAUAUGUAGAUAUAAAAUGUAUACGUUUUUUUAUUGGUACGUGCACGCGAUUGUAUAUAUGCACAUCAUUAUCUUUCGCAAUUUUUUACAUACUUUCACAAUUUUUUAAUAUGAUUUAAAGAUUCUUUUCUGAAGAUUCUUGAAUUUUUACCGGCGAGAGAUUUCUCGAGCGUGGCUCGAACUUUCCAAGUGACUCAAUAAAAAUCCUAAUAUCGGUCUUAUUUUGUACCUGUAUGAACAAUAAACUUUUCAGCCUCAUGAAUGCAAAUUUCGUAAAAUUAAA